AUGGAACACAGUCAUCUUCUUCCUUUACUUAGUUUUCACUUUUCUUCCUUCGCCUUUACAUCUGCAACACUUUCCCUCUCUUAUAUUCUAAUACCAUUGUGUUUGUUCACCUCCUAACAACCUCAAAACCUUCCAUUUUCAUGGCUGAAUCAGUUCCAAAAUGCUGCUGCUUCUUUUUCUUAUUCCUCCUCUUCUGCUCUUCUGCAGUGUCAUCCAUGACAGAACUUCAGGGGAAGAAGAAAGAUCGGAGCUUUCCUUCUUCCCGGAGAGAACUUUCUCAUGGGAUCAAUGCAGUUUUACAUGACACAAACACCCUUCCUACAACACCAGUUAAUCCUUCCCCAAUAAUAGUCACAGUCCCGGCGACCAAUCCGGCCAAUCCGGUCACCGUCACGCCGGCCAGUCCGUCAACUACCCCUCUUCCCAUUCCGACCACCACACCAGUGACCAUCCCCUCCACCAACCCCAACAACCCAACAGUCCCAAUCACCAACCCAGUUACCACACCAGUGACCAACCCUGUAACGACAUACCCAUCUCCGACAGCAGGAGGUGUGGUUCCGGUGACCACUCCAGUAAUAAACCCAAUUCCGCCUCCGGCAGCCACAAAUGCUCCAGCGAUCCCAGGGCAGAGCUGGUGUGUGGCCAGGACAGGGGCGCCGGAAACAUCACUUCAGGCGGCUUUGGAUUAUGCAUGUGGAAUGGGGGGAGUUGAUUGUUCACAGAUCCAGCAAGGUGGGAGCUGUUACGAUCCUAUUACUCUGGAAAAUCAUGCUUCCUAUGCUUUCAACAGCUAUUAUCAGAAAAAUCCAGUCCCAACUAGCUGUGACUUUGGAGGAACUGCAAGUAUAGUUGGCAGCAAUCCAAGCUCUGGUUCCUGCAUUUAUCCAUCUUCAGCAACGGCAGCAUCGACACCAACACCAGUAACAACACCAUCAACAGCAACACCAACCCCCAUUACAACACCUUCAACGACAACGCCAGUCCCCAUUACAACACCAUCAACAGCGACAACGCCAGGUUCUGUUACUCCACCUUCAGUGUUGAAUUCAAGCUCUCCUGGCUCAUCUACAACAACAAUCCCUGGGUAUGAUACCCCUCCUAAUUUUAACUCAUCAUCAUCAAUGUCACCCAGGUUGCGACCAUUCAUCAGUUGCAUCAUCCUUGUGGCAUCCUUUAUUGCCGGAGCAAUCAUCCUGGACCCUUAGAAUCAAGAGCUUUUCGGUGUAUAUAAACAGGCCAGAGGCUCCUGCUUGAGUUGAAGAUGAGAAUCAGUAGUGGUGAGCUAGCUUUCUGCGGAACAAUAGAGGAGCUGAGUCCAAGAGACUGCACUACAUGUAGAGAAUAGAGGUGUUUAAUGCUGAAGGUAAAAUUUUAUUUAUCACGUUUAAGUAUACAUUUUAUUUCAGGAUAUGAAUAUUGUGUAGGUAGUCUUGGUCAUGAAGAUCUUUAUGAGGUGGAGUUUUGUAGCAAAGUUUCUUCUUUUAAUGGACUUCAAAAGCAUGUCUUAUUAGCAUUGGAAUGUAAAUAUCACCUUGAUUUCAGUUAUAU